CGACCUUGUGACUUCCGAACUUAUCAAGUUUGAGUUAUUGCCAUUGCAAUUACGGUCAAUACAAUUACCCGACCGAUGUAAAAUGUGCCUUUUUCCUGAUAUCCACAACCAUCAGGAGGCUGCCGUAGGGAACUAAUCUUCCUGCGUUAGGCUGCUACGCACUCCGGGGAGCUGUUGUUAGCACAGAACACAUCUCAAAAUCGAGACUCGUGGAUAAUACCCGACAUAGAUACUACGCUGAUAUGGAUUUGGAGUCCGCUACUCCUGAGCGGCCCGCUAAGCGAGUGCGGCAAGCUUGUGAGCCAUGCAGGCGGAAAAAGGCAAAAUGUCCUGGGGAGCAGCCAGCUUGCUCUCUAUGUGCGCGGUUGAAUCAAACAUGCACCUAUGCUGGAGAGCACCGAAGGCCAUUGGCCAAUGGACUUAAUUAUUCAGGAGAAUCAAUCUCUGGCGUUUCCACCUCAGAGGCCAGAAUCUCACAGAUAUUGGAAGAUCGUCUGGGAAGCUGGGAAGUUAAGAUGAGCGAGUUCCUUGACACCCUGGAGCGAAACGCGCAGAGUCGCGCUCGACAGAACACAGCAACUGCCGGCCUAGUUUCCCUGGCCCCUUCUUUGAAAUUUUCGGCACCAAAUGCACUCACUCCUCUACCCAGAUGGGAGAAGGUAGUGUCAAUAGCAGAGUUGUACUUGCAAUACUGCGAAUCUCAGCCUCUCCCUUUGUUUCACAGGGACAGCUUUCUGAGAACCUUGCCAACUCGUGAUCCAGAGAUAAUCUAUGCUAUCUUAGCCUUGAGUGUACGGUUUUCAGAUGACGAAGCGUCAAGUCCUGAUGCACUCUCGUCUCUCAUUAAUGGCUAUACGGAAGUGGCUAGAGGUCUGGUCAUGAAAAGGGUUUCGGAAGGGCCAGUUGAACUUUCCACACUCCAAAGCUUGUGCCUACUAAGCCUUGUUGACUUUACCAACGGAAACACACAUCGCUCAAGUAUUCAUUGUAGUCUGGCAAUGAACCUGGCACAGUGUGCCAAUCUGGGCUCGGAAUCGCCUUCGUCACACUUCUCCUUAACACGUGAAGAACGUAGGCGCUGCUUCUGGAGCAUCUAUCUGCUGAAACGUAUUCAUGGUGUUGACGUUGAGAACUUGGAUUCUCCGGAGGGAAGCUUCCCUCCUUUCCCCGAGAGUCCAAGUAGGCCUCCACCGCCGAAUUCUCUAAUUGAUGCGGCCGACGAGACUCGGUCUUUAGGAAUGCAUGACCAGGGUAUCCUCGCGUACAUGAUAAUGCUCAGUGGUGUAUUCGCAAAAACUGCCAAGUAUGUCCGGCGUCAUGGGAAGCCCGGGAAAUUGCCUCCUUGGUCGUCCGAAUCAGACUACUCGGAGAUCCUGGCUGCUCAAAUGGACCUUGAGACUCAGAUGCCCUACAUUCACAGGUUCAAGCCAGCUAGCCUAAAUGAAAGGACACUGGAAGAGCUUCAGGCAAGAAGAGACUACUGGGGUCCGUGGUUGUUGAACCAAUUCUUAUAUCACACAAUACUAUGCCUGGUCAAUCACCCGCUUCUCCUUUCGCUCAGUCUUAGGAACUUUCGAAGUACCAUUCCUGAGAUAUUUCUCCAGCAUAGCUCGGAUCUCAUUUCAUCUCACACAACAUGGAUCAUACAUUUUAUCAACUUUUUCGAAGAGCGGUGUUUUACGAUCUCGGACCCGUUCCUGGGAUAUAGCGCUGCUGUGGUAGCUACAAUCGAAUUGCAGCUUAGUUUUACCGAGAAUGCUGUUAUUCGUGAUGACAAGCGGGACCGUUUCUACAGGUGUGUCAGGUUUGUGCAGAAGUUGGGGCAAAAAUGGCCUCAUAUGGCACGAUUGGCGGACAGGCUACAGAAGUUGGAGGAUGCUGUGUCUGCAUCCUAUCAGCCGGCCUCGGGCUCACAGAGUAAAUAUCUUCUCAUAGACCUGUCCCGCUUCUGGGAGAUUCUCGAAUACUCCUCCAACAGUGACACCGACUCAGCUCGUCGCAUGUUCGGGGACUCUUUGUACUCUGAGCCUCCUACAAGCGCGGCUGAAGUAUCUCAGACAUCUCCCUUACCUGAACCAUUUCGCCUAAAUUCUCACCACACGUCAGCGUCAUCACCAAGCUCACAGUUCAAUCUGCCUACUUCGCUCCUCGUAGGCGGACAAGAUCCAAUGGGGUCUAUGGGUUCAUCUCGGUCGCCCGACCCAAUGAAUGACGAAUUCUCGAUCUUGGCCGCGAAUUUCUUCUCUCAAGCUCAAGACUUUUUGCCGAGGGGUGAUGGCAGAGAUGGUUUCGGUCACCUCUGAAACCUAGCUACAUGCCAAAGUCUGUCUAUGUCCCUCCGCAUACUAGGAGAAACGUACGCUCAGUGUUUCCGGCUGCCUGUCUAUGAAGAGAGUUCUAAACUGGAUUCUCCAGAUCAUCACGAAUCACCGGGACUAAAAGAUGUGGGAACCGCAAGGCGCUUUCGAAAAACUGGAUUCAUGAAUUUUGUAUACAUUAAUCGUGGUAACUGUACAUUCAUCUUGCCUGGCUUUGUCCCUUCACACCACUAGCUUGGAUCAAACCUCCAGUGCCUUUCUAAAGAUCUGGACAAAUGUCCAUACCUCACUGAAAGUGUUGUACAGCGGAACGGGUGCCACACGCACUACGUCCGGC